GCGGAAAUCGACGCACUCCCGCAUUGGCAAUCCGGACACAUUCAGAGCAAGGGAGGUAGAACAAAAUACACACAUACUACACGCACCCAGGACAUUUCUACUCAGGUGGACAGAGUGCUAUUCAAUAGAGAGGCCCAACUGAAGCACCAGCCAUGCCAUUCCCCUUUGGCAAGUCCCACAAGUCUCCUGCAGACAUUGUGAAAAACCUGAAGGACAGCAUGGCAGUACUAGAAAAACAAGACAUCUCGGAUAAAAAGGCAGAAAAGGCAACAGAAGAAGUCUCAAAGAACUUGGUGGCCAUGAAGGAGAUCUUGUAUGGCACGAAUGAGAAGGAGCCUCAGACAGAAGCAGUGGCUCAGUUGGCCCAGGAGCUCUACAACAGCGGUCUCCUUAGCACACUAAUAGCAGACUUGCAACUCAUUGACUUUGAGGGUAAAAAAGAUGUUGCUCAGAUUUUCAACAACAUUCUCAGAAGACAGAUUGGCACAAGGACCCCUACGGUAGAAUACAUCUGCACCCAACAGAACAUACUUUUCAUGUUGUUAAAAGGAUACGAAUCUCCUGAAAUUGCUUUGAAUUGUGGUAUAAUGCUGAGGGAAUGCAUCAGACACGAACCACUGGCUAAAGUCAUCCUGUGCUCUGAGCAGUUCUACGAUUUCUUCAGAUAUGUGGAAUUGUCAACAUUCGAUAUUGCGUCUGAUGCGUUUGCCACGUUUAAAGAUUUACUUACAAGACACAAGCUACUAAGUGCAGAAUUCUUGGAACAACAUUAUGACAGAUUCUUUAGUGAAUAUGAGAAACUACUCCAUUCAGAAAACUACGUGACAAAAAGGCAGUCUCUGAAGUUGCUUGGUGAGCUCCUUUUAGAUCGACACAAUUUCACAAUUAUGACCAAGUACAUCAGCAAGCCAGAGAAUCUGAAAUUAAUGAUGAACCUUCUAAGAGACAAGAGUCGCAAUAUCCAGUUUGAGGCCUUCCACGUCUUCAAGGUGUUUGUAGCCAAUCCCAACAAGACCCAGCCCAUCUUAGAUAUUUUGCUGAAGAAUCAGACAAAACUUAUUGAGUUUCUUAGCAAGUUCCAGAACGACAGGACCGAAGAUGAACAAUUCAAUGAUGAAAAGACCUACUUGGUGAAACAAAUCAGGGAUUUGAAGAGACCAGCACCACAGGAAGCAUAAACCUUCAUUUAUUAACCGAAACUACAACUGUAAAAUCAGCAACUACUGUUAGGUUUUGAACAUUAAGCACCCUUCAAUUCAUGAGGAGUAUUCCUGCUAGUCUGCUGUUCAAUGAACAUUUUUUUUUCUUAUGUUUUUUUGGGUUCAAGAUAAAACUACUGCUUUCUUGCACAUUAGAACACAGUGUGGACUUAUUACUGAAGUAUUUUCUCAUUCAAACAAUGCAACUUGCAAACUUUUUUUUUUAAGUGUUUUCUAGUACCUUCAUUAAAGCACACAAACAGAUUAUAGCGUGGGUUUGUAAAGGAAGGAUUCCGGCAGUUGAAUUUGAAAGGUUGCAUGCCUUUAAAAUCUGAUGGUUUAUCAGUAUAUUUGCCCCCUGCUUUCUUUUGCUGAGUGUGGAGUACAGCUGUGAUCUGUGCUGACCUUAAUGCACGUGCAUUACAGUAUUAAAAUACAUACAAAUGUAUGUAUGCGUUAAUCUAAAAAUGUAAAAAGAUUUUGCUUUAUCGUAAUUGGAUGGGGAACAUGCAACUACAGACUUAAGUUUUAUAAAAGAAAAAAAUGUUUGUUCUUAAAAUGAGUUACAAAAUGAACCUUCAUGGAUGUGAAUGAAAAUGAAAAUGUGCAUAUGCCUAUUGCUUUAUAGAAUUAUUUGCAGGUGAUGAGAUUUGACAGUAUGUAAGCUGAGCUAAUUUUGUUUAUUUUUAUUGAACACGUUUUCAAAAAGUAGCAAGAGCAGUAAUUUUUGCGUUUCGUUACAGAUGUUUGCUGGUUACCUUUGUACAUAACUAGCUCAUUUCUGCUUAAGAUAUUAAUUUGUACAGCAGAGGAAUGUUAUUGUAUUAGUAUGUAACUAUUAACCUAAUAUUGAGGUUUUAGUUUUUAGUUUGUUUUUUUUUUCAAAAUGACUGCGCAUAUAUGACUGAAUAUUUCUGUAUCUCACAAUAAUAUAAAGUAGUGCAGCAUUAAAGAAAGUUCCGUCACUCCAGACAGGUUAAUAUUAAGAACUAAAACCUCAUCGAUUGGAUUCUAACGAGGCUAAAACCAAGCCCAACUGAAAAUUAAUUUAUUAUUCCUUUUUAUGAUUUUAAUUGGCCUUCAGAAAAAUGUCAAUUCUCCAGUAGUAAACAAUGACAGUGGCUGAGAAUAUUUCUAUAGUAUGUCCUAAACAUUUGAGACGUUUUAAAGAUUCCAGUACAAUUGUUUGUUUCCUAAUGGGUAGUAAGAUGCAUUCAUUUCAGCACCAGCAAUAAUAAGGUAUUUAAAAUGUCUGUUUAGAUAUAUAUUACACAGUUUAAGCUACUUUACUGUGUCUAAAUGCACCUAAUGUUCAUAAUGAAAGUGGGUUUUUCAAAAAGUUUUUUUUUUUUACCAGUUUCAAAACCAGAUUACAUUUUUGCCAGUCUUACAUAUUUAUGAAGUUGUUUCUUUGGCUUUAUUUAAUAGAUUUUCUUCAAUAUGCUUUGUAAAGUGAAGGUGCCAAAAAGAAAGUUAAAAGCUACAUACUAAGUACAUUCUUUGUUGCCGUAAACAUUGGAAAAUUCAGUGCAACCUAAAACAAACUUAUAGUUUUAACUUCUGAGUGCUGUUUAGAAUAGAAAUACAAACAUAUAUAUUAAAAAAAUAAAUAAAAUAAAAUCACAAAAAUUUUCCUAUUUUUG